CAGCCUUGUAAUAUGGCCGCUACAGGCAAGAAAUCAAAGAAGGCAAAAUGGAUCCCAGCCAGCAUCACAGACAUUAUUGCGGAACCUACUACCAUACCGACAAUAAACAGCUGGGCCGACUCUGUAGAUGAAGAACCAACGGAGAGCUAUGGCUAUGGAACGCGAUCGCGGCAGCCAGUUGUGCUGCCAUCUGCGUCACGCGCGGCGCGCGGCGGUCUGGCCGUGGACGAAGAGUCCAUACCACGACGUCCACCCUUCAUCGCUCACAUCUCAAACCUGCCUUAUGACGUCGAUGAGAGCGCCAUCACGGAACUGUUUGCCGGAUUGAAGAUCACCAGCUUGAGAUUGCCACGUGAAGGUGACCGCCUUAAGGGGUAUGGCUAUGUAGACUUCGAAGACAGGGAGAGUCUUAUUAAUGCCAUGAAUAUAUCAGAUUUGACAAUAAGCGGGCGGCGGAUAAGAAUAGAGGUGGCCACACAGGAUAACGACCGCCGUAGGAUGGGCGGCAGGAACGACCGUGAGAGCAGAGAAUACGACCCAGAGCGUACCAUGGGUGACUGGCGGUCUGGGCCACGUGCCGAACCGCAAACGCGCAGCAGACCGAUGGACCGCGAACGUGAUCGUGAUCGUGAUCGCGAGCGAGAUCGUGAGCGAGACCGCGAGCGAGACUCGAGCGCAGACAACCGACCAGGCGGAUGGCGUGACGGCGACCGGCCGGCACCGCCCGAGCCAGCACGUACGCCGUACGGAGGUCGGGAUUCCUUUGGUCGCGAUCGCUUCGGAGAAGAUCGUGGCCGGGAGCGUGGCUUCGGCCGAGACACCGAGCGCAGCGGUUACGGCGGACGCGAUGGCUUCCGCACCGCGGACCGUGAAGGAGGGGGAUUUGGGAAUCGAGAAGGCAGAGGAUUUGGAUCAAGAGGAUUUGGCGAUCGUGAUCGCGACCGCGAUCGUGACCGAGACCCUCCCAGAGAUGAAAAACCUCGCGAACGUCCAAAACUCAACCUAUUGCCGCGCACGGUUCCCCGCGAAGUGGAGACCCCCACAAAGCCUGCUGACGGCGCUCCGCUCGAUGACAAACCGCCAGAGAAGGCCACUCCGAAACCCGUGCCUGCAGAGAAGGUCUUUGGGGGUGCUAAGCCAGUCGACACUGCUGCCAAGGAGCGUGAAAUAGAAGAACGUCUCCGUAAGCAGGAAGAGGAGGCUCGACGUGCAACCGAAGAAAAGGAUCGAUGGGGUCGUAGAAAUGAUCACUCCGGUGAGCGUCGCAGCACUGCGAGACGUGACGACCGUAGGGAGGAUCGCAGAGAAGACCGCAGAGACGACCGUCGUGAUGAUCGUAGGGGUGAUGAUCGUCGCGAUGAUCGCGGAAGAGACUCGCGCAGCUACAACAGGGACCGGCGCGACUAUUCUAAAGACGAUAAAGACAACCGCGACUACUCCAAGGAUAACAGGGACCGCCGCGAUUACUCAAAGGACGACAGAGACAAACGUGACUAUUCCAAAGACGAUCGCGACAGACGCGAACGUGACUACAGAGACGACAGGGAUCGACGCGACUACAAAGAUGACAGGGAUCGCAGGGACGACUGGGGGCGGGACGACAAACGCGAUUUCAAGGAUGACAGGGAGAAGAGAGAUAACGAUAGACGCGACUCGUACGACCGUGAACGGCACGACUAUUCCGGCGACAGGCGCCAGACACGCGUCACGUCGGGGGACAGAGAGAACGAAAAGGUGCGCGACGACCGCGAGCCAAAACGCGAGGAGCGUAACGGCCGCGCGCGUCCCAGUCGUUCGAGGGAUCGACACGACGACGACCAAGAAGAGAAAGAAAAACCUCUGCCCAAGUUGAAGGAACAAGAAAAACCGAAUUUUGUAGGAUCAAAUAAAUUCAGCUUCCUCGAGGACGCCGACGACGGCGGAUCUGAUUAACAGGCGUGAUUCCCAGAAAAGUGUCCGUUUACUAAGACUCGAGUGUAAAGUGUAAAUUUACGAGUAUCAAGUGUAACGUGUAGGACUCAAGCACGGAGACCUUGAAUUGUGCUAUGUAAUAGGACUUGAUUAUUCAUUAGUGCGGUGUGGAUAUAUACGUGUAUAUUAGAAUUGCUAUAUGCUCACACUGCUCCGAGGCCAGCCCCAGUCUUUAUUGCAACUUCUGCACAGCUACCACACCUUUAUCAAAACCAUUUUUCUUUUUCAUUCCAUUUCUGACUAAUUAAUCUGUGCUUUGAAAUGGUUAGCUGGCAGGGGAAUCACAAUAAAGACUGGGGCUUACAUUUGUGACCAAAUUGAUUGAUUGGUGUAAAUUUUUCUAAGGGUUUACGUAACGUAAGGUCGCAAAAUAAAAGGCCGAUAGCAAUUAAAUAUGAAUUGAAACCUGGAAAACUGGCAUUUGAUUAGGUGCUGCUCUUAAAUAUUUUUUAUGUGAAUAAUCUUUCUUAAUUAUAUUUUAAUUUACUGCAGUAUACUUCUUCCCGAGGGAAUUAGAAUACCAAUGAUGCAUUGCCUCCAUAGGGAAUCUUAUACCCGUAUGUUAGUAUAUAUUAUGUUAAAUAUUUAGUUGAUUUAGAUUAUUAUGAAUGUUAAUUGUAUUAUUUAUCUUUACACUCACCAUUUGUUAAUCAAUGCUGCGAUAUUAAGGCGCAAGUAUAUUGCAGAUGUGCAUCAACAUAGUGUGCCUAAGAUAUCGUGAUAAAAAUUGUAGUUUUACAAAAAUUGUAAGUACCUAAGUGCUGCAGGUUAGGGCCUGGUCACAAGAAAUGUUUUAACGGGCAAAUAUUUGAUGCCGUGAAACACAUUUGUAAUAUCUCAACAAUUUUGUUUGGUACAUUUUGUUCUAAUUGUGAAUUAUAAAUAAAUUACUCUUUUUACA